GCCCCCGUUCUCUUCUCUUCCGUACUCGCAUCGCGCGCCCCCAAACAAACAGCGCCCCCUCAAAAUUCCGCAAUUCGAACUCUCCCUCCCGGUCUCCCUAGACAUCGUAAACCCUAGAUCGAAUCUAGCCGAUCCCCGCCGAACCGCCGAAGAUGGGCAAUGUCCUCGGGUCCCGGCGUGUCUUCGUCAACAAUGGCGACGAGGAGAGUGCCGUUGUUUUCGCUUUUGCGGAGGCCGCGGCUCUGGGAGCGCGCAGCGCAUUGAUGGAGGCUUACCGGGUGGAGGAGGCGGCGGCGGCUGCUGCUGAUCCUGCAGCUGGAGAUGGAGCAGGGGGAGGAGGCGCGGCUCCAGCUCCGCUCAUGGUGGGCGGCGUGCUGUCCAUCUCCAACGCCGCGUACGCCGCGGCGGAAGGAGCGGACAAUGCGGUCCGCACGCUGGUUCGCCAUCUACCUCCAGCGCACCGGCGAGUACUUACGGAGGCCGACUUGAGGCAAGUGCAGGCGGCGGCGGCGGCGGGAGCUGCCGCAGGGGUGCAGGGAGCGGCGUUCAUGGCCGCCAUGUAUGCCCCGGCUGCCGCGUUCCCACCUGCUUUGCUGCAUGCGCCGGCCCCCGCGAUCCCACCCGCUGUGCCAGUCGAACCGGAUGUGGCGCCCGCCGGUUUCCCGCCUCCCGCAGCAAACCCACAGCCGCAGGUAAACGCGCUUAACCUGGACAGGGUAGCAGCAGCAGGAGCUGCUGGGGCAUGGAAAGGGUGCUUCGCUUCUAUCGGUCCAUACCUUUUGGAUCCUCAGUAAAUAGUUGGGCGUCACGUCUGUCUCCAUUGCUUGGUGCUUGUGUUGCAGUUGCAGCAUCCUAAGCCCCUCAUUUCAGAUCUGCAUCUCAUUGGGAAACCUUUUUUGUGCUCGGGGGAAUUGGCUUAGUACUCUUUACCUUGAUGGUUGGAGUCGCUGCAGUUCCUUUUACGAGUGCCACCCAACAGGAGACCAUAAGCCGUCACUCGGCUUUCCUUGCAUUUACCACUAUCGGAGUUAUUUUUGUUUCAGUUUUCUGCUACUUUUUACGUGGCAACCUCGCUUAUGUUGUUCCAGUGGGUAUUUUUGGUUCCGCAGCAGUUGCCAUGUUGUUGUUCCUGUGGCACAGGAGCGGCAGCUACAAGUGACUUGGGGGCAAUUUUGCUAAGUUCUUAUCUACCGAUACACUCUUGCUGGACUUAUCUGUACAAGUGCUGACUUCUUCUGACUUGUCUGUUCACAAGUGGUAGGUUUAGCAAUCUUCGGUGGAGAUCAUGGUGCGACCUUUUUCGAUGUGUGACCAGUGCUUUAAUCGUGCCACGAUACACUAAUGUGUACUGUCGACUGUCGAGGGUUCAGGUAUUUGCGGAAGGUAA